CUCUUUCCACCACUGCCCUGCCCUGGGUAUAGAUAGCCUCCCAUCGUCGGGUCUCACCACACCAGUGCUGCUCGUAACACUCCAAAAAUAUCUUUGCAUCAUUCUUUUGCGUAUAGUUAAACCUCUGUUGAAGUAGAUUAGGGUGUACAGCCAAUCGUUUAAACUGGUAUUGGACCGAGACAGUCCUGCAGAUUCGUAUAUCAUUGUAUUUAGUGGCAAAGACUUUUGUGCACAUUUGACCCACGAUGUCUGCCAACACGCAGCAGAGCAAGAGCUGCCCCAUUCCCACGCGUGUCCUGCACCUCAAAGACUGGUCUCAACUCCCAGACUGCUACAGUCAGACACCUGGAGGAACACUCUUCUCCACCACACCAGGAGGAACCAGGAUCAUUUAUGACAGAAAGUUCCUCCUCGACUGUAGAAACUCUCCUAUUGCCCGAACUCCACCCUGCUGUCUGCCCCAGAUUCCAGGGGUGACCAUUCCUUCACACCAUCCCAUGUCCAAACUGCAGGAACUCAAAGAGGAGUUGGAGGAGGAGAAGAAUCUGGCAGCUGAUGAUAAUCAGUUUGAAAUGGACAUUUGAAUUUGGACAUUUACCUCCUGUGGAGAAUUGCCUCUGAUAUCUGCUGGGAUGUUGCUGCUUAGCCCACAAUCAGCGGACAUCACAUAUUCAUCAGAUUCUCAAGGCUUUUUAAAGGGUGUCUUAUUCUUUUGUUUAAAAGUAUUUGUUAAAAGUAAAAAAAAAAAGAAAAAAGUUUGUCAGUUCUUUAUUGUACAUGCAGUAAUUUCUUUUUUUUUUUUCAAAGAAAAUGUAGCGCUACAUAUGAGUCGGGGCAAAACCAUGGAAAAAUCUCUUAUUUCUGGCCAUUAUAUAUAUAUAUAUAUAUAUAUAUACACAGUAUAUAUCAGCAAAUGUGUUUGUUUUAUGUCUGUUGCAUACUUUGGUGUUUGAAUUGAAAUAAGCACAUCAGAAUCUACAGCAAUGGAAAAAAUUAAGAGACCACUGCAAGAUUAUCAGUUUCUCUGGAUUAACUAUUUAUAAGUAUGUAUUUGAGUAAAACAAACAUUUUUAAAACUGUAGUAUUGUGCUGUUUAGAAAUGAAUAUGAACUUGUUUUCUUUGCAUUACUCGAGGUCUGAAAACACUGCAUAUUUUUUUGUCAUUUUCUGCAAAUAAAUGCUCUAAAUGACACUAUUUUUAUUUGGAAUUUGAUAGACAGGUUUUCAGUACUAUAAAUAAAAAUGUUCAUUUCUUAAUUUUUUCCAGAGCUGUAUGUACAUCAUCAUGUGCCUUGUUUUCUUGGUGUUUCAUUUGCCUGAAUUUCCUCAGGAUUUAUUAUAUUGAAUGAAAUACAUUUGUAAAAAAAACAAAUACUUGAUUUGAAUAAUAUAGUUUGGUAAAAUGUAUUGAAAUUACGUACUCAUCUUGGUUUUAAAGUGUCAAGAAAUCUUGAAUAACCUACAAGAACAUGUGAACUCCACCGCCCUCUACUGCAUAAAGGUCUUCUACACUUGC